GUUUUGAAAAACCUGCAUUCGCGCCAAGAGCUGGAGUUCACGAACAGAGGACUAGAAUUGAGAGGCAACGACUCGCCCCGAGGUGCGGACGUAUUUCCGCGCAUGCCAUGUCAUAAGUGGGAUUGAGAAAUAUCAUAUCUGAUAUCGAGUUGGCACUCGCCGUGAGCUCGAAGGACGCCUCCGUAUGUAAGCUUUCGGGGCUCGAAGUAACGAAUCCAGCCUCCUAUACAUACAUUCGAUCGUUGUGUCUGAAUAGCGGUGAGGAUGAUCUCGCAGACAAGCUUCAUCAGCCUUUUCCAUCCUGAUUCCCGCCUCGCUUCGUUCGGGGCAGAUUGGCCUCUUGAUUUCGAGAACGUCUCACCGCGAAAGCUCGCUGAUAACGGUUUUGUUUACCUUGGAAAUGAAGAUCAUGUCAAGUGCUUCGCUUGUGGGAAAGAACUACAAAAUUGGGAAGAGACUGACAACAUCGUCGAAGAACAUCAGCGACGUAACGAAUGCCUGUACCUGAACUAUCUCAAAUCUGGUGGCUCUGCAUAUGACAUGGAUUUGAAAACCGCACUAGAUAUUGCGAAGGAAAUUCAUCGACGGACCAUAGUGGCUAUCGAGAGCGAUACUGCUGAUGAAAGUGACCUAAAGACUCAUUUCAACAGUUCCAAGCCGAAAGGAAGGCCGAAGAAGAAAGUUUAGCUCGAGCUAGAAUGAGAUUCGAUUGUCAAAUCCCGUCGAAUCCUGGCGUGGAUGCGCUCUAGAAAGAUUUACUCCCGGAGAAAUUUCCUUGUUCAAAUUGAAGAAUUUCUUCUGGCGUGGUCCCCGUGAGACUACUCACUAACAGCUCUUGAACCCCGAAACGGCUGCACCUGCUCCCUGGAAUCAUUGUAGAUUCGAAGAACUGGAUCCGAAAUUUUUGCAACGAUCGAGUCUUGUUUGACCACAAAACGGGAGUAAAGCGCAUGAAUGAGAGCUUCGAUUUCCUUCUUUUGAUGAAAUACCGCAUCGAGCUGAUAAAUCGUAAGCUUACAUGACUCAAAACAUUUUAUUGACAUGCCUUCCGACG